GGAGAGGGGGUUGGUGGAGGAGGGGGGUUGGUCCGGGAGAGCAUGGCCGCAGGAGCCACAGCGCUGCAGACUUGGUUUGGUUCCUGCACAUUGGUAACAGCGCUCGUCAGGGGACAUUUCACCCGGAGAUUGUGAGCGUUUACGCGCCGUGGAGACAUUUGAUUUACUGCGUGUGUUGUUGUUCGGAGGGGCAGAGGUGCUCGGGCAGCUGGAGCUGAAGCUGCUGGUUGGAGUGUUCUUCCUUUCGUGGCUUCUGGUGAUUCACGGCGAACAGGAGACAGGAGCACAGACACAGAGCCGAGGAGCGACGGGACAAGGACUGCGUUUCUCCUGUCGCUAACCUUUGCAUUGUGGAACAUUUUCUCUCCAGUUUCUGUGUUUAUAACUGCGUACGCAACGCUGCCUCCUCUCUUGGUGAUUCAAUGCGAGUUGGAGAAACUGUUCGCAGCACUGCGCGGAGUUGAGCCGGGGGAAGAGAGUACGAGGUUCGGACUGAGAUCUCCUGGAUUUUAAACGGCUAUUUCACUUUAUGUGUGACUGUUUUAAAUCAAAGUGAGGGGAGAGUUUGCGUUUGGUGCAAAGUCAUUGAUCUGACUGUCAGACUGAACAAGUCCCCGCUCUGCUCAAAGAAGAUUCUAAGCUUCUUUUUUCUUCUGAACUCGGAGGAAGAGGCAUUACAUUUGUGCGGGAAUUAAAACGCGCAAAGUGCAAGACUUCACUCCUAAAUCCUUCAGAGUCGUAAACCUGAUCCUGAGGAGGGACUGUUAUCGAUUUGGCUUCUCCGGAGUUCCACAGCAAACAUGCCGCAGGUGGAAAUGAUCCUGUUUCUCAUCCUCGUCAUUGGGAUGUGUGUGUUCGGCCAGGACCCGGCUUCCAAGGUGGUGUCCGACCGCUACGCUGUCUUCUGGAACCGGACCAACCCAAAGUUCUACCGAGGUGAUUACCACAUCGAUGUCUGCAUCAACGACUACCUUGAUGUCUACUGCCCGCACUACGUCGGUCCGGUGUCUGACGAUCGGGCGGAGCGUUACGUGCUCUACAUGGUGAACUACGAUGGCUACAGCUCCUGCGACCACACUGCUAAGGGCUUCAAACGCUGGGAGUGCAACAGGCCUCUGUCACCGAACGGACCGCUAAAGUUCUCUGAGAAGUUCCAGCUCUUCACUCCCUUCUCCCUGGGCUUUGAGUUUCGCCCUGGCAGAGAGUACUACUAUAUCUCCUCCAUCACGGACGACAGGGGGAGAAGGAGCUGCCUCCGACUCAAAGUCUUCGUCAGGCCUCAAAACAACUGCGUGAAAAGCUCCGGGAGUGUGCAGGAAGGGGUCGAUUUUGACGAAAACAGUCACAACUCUCUAGAACCCAGAGACGGCAUCGGUCAUGAGUCACCAGAGCCAGCCCGGCGGGAUGUCAACUCCGCUGGUUGGCGCCAGACUUCGGUCCUUGUCCUGAGCUCUGCCCUCAUCUUCCUGGCCGCCAUCUUGUCAUUAUAGCGCCCCUGGGAAUCCCCGGGGAAAGGACUGUCCUGAUUGGACUACAGGCCGCCCUACCCUGCAACCCCUCCCCCUAAGGAGCACUUUUUUAAAAAAACAAACACUGACAAUCUCUCUUUGUGUAAAAAGAGAGAGGAAGGGACUUCCAUGCUGAAGCCUUUUCAUGUUUUUUGACUUGCCAACUCGUGUGACUCUUGACUUUCUGUUGGGUGCUGAUGAUCCAGGCGCCCCGAGGUGAAAGAGGCGGAGUCUCUUACCUGUUUGCCUCACUACCGUUCACAGUAUGCAGAUAUUCAACAUUGCACACAUACAUGUUUUAAACACACUCACGCAUAUUACACAAUCAGAACACUUGUCAGCUGUAUCUGCAGAGAAGCACAGCGGGAUCCCUUCAAAGUUUACAGACUUUUUACAUUUUUGUGUUCAGGAAAUCGUCACCAAUCCCACACAUAAAGCAUCAUUAAAUCUCACGUCAGAGUGGAGGAGAUUUUGUAAAGAAGGUUGGGAGCGACACAUCACCCAUGGUCCAACAAAAAAGAAAAAGAGAAGAGGAAAAGAAAAGGAUGUUGUUGCUAUAGGAGACUGUUUAAAGGGCGCUGGGGUGAGGGGGACAGGCCUUUGAUGACUUAACCUUCCUCUCAGGUUAAAAAGGAGUCAGACGCACUGACUCGGACUGUGGAGGGGCGCUGUUGAAAGUAAAAAAGAAGAUUUAAAGAGGCACUCAUCUUUUAGUGUUUGGGUAGAGGAGGUUUAAUGAUUGAUUAAUGUGUUUGUUUUUUAAUAAAUCACGUAAUUCAAUUGUAGCAGCCAACACAGGUGUACAGUAAAAUAUUUGAACGGAGCGUAGAAGUGGAUAUUUGCCAGGCAAAAUGUAUUUUUCCUAUUUAUUGUGAAGUCCUUGUGCUUUUUUCUGUUCUGGUUUAGUCUGCAAGUUCAGUAGAAGGGCAAUGAAAACAACUUACCCAUUAAGUUAGAUCAUAUUACACCGUUUAUUUGAUACAAUCAUACAAAAACACCGAGUACAGCUUAUGUAUCUGCUUGCAUUGAUGGCUGAUGAUGUUUUUAAUUGUUUUUAAAAAAAAGUCCAGGAAGAAAAAAAAAGUCUGAUGUGCUAUCAGGGUGUAGAAAACGUAGAAUGCUUGUGUUUCAAAUCUGUCAUUAAAAAUGUCACCAAUGUAGUUUUACUAUUACACUAUUGCUUUUGUGGAUCACUGUUAUAACACGACUGUUGUAUAUAAAGAAGAUGGCAAAUUUCCUACAAAGUUCAGGGAUGUGUUCAAGCCGAACAUGAGGUUAAAAAAAAGAUGAUUUUUAAAGCAGCACAAGUUUUCUGUGGCUGAAGAUGUUUCAGUGAGACAGUUAUGGGCUUCUGAGGAGUGUGUGUGUGUGUGUGUGUGUAGGUGGGCAGGGGUGUGUGUGUGUUUGUGUGUGUGUGUAGGUGGGCAGGGGUGUGUCUGAGCCCUCUUUGAUGUUGUGUAAAGUGACAUCCCUAUCAACCACCAGGAGAGCUGGGAGAAACAGAGCAAGGUGUCUUGUUCUGAAGUGGACCACAGAGGAUGAAGAGAGAGAGAUGUGGAGCUGUGUGGGUCUCCUGCUGAGAUCAGUAGUCACAGUUUAAAGCAGGAAACUUGAUGUAAACAUAUCUUUUUCACCAACUGGCCCAAAUCCAAACCCUCUAUCAGCUGCUGAAGUUGUUUUUAGACCUCGGCGAAAGAAGAAUCUAAAUCUGCUUUCUAGUCAGCAUUUAAAGGAGAUAUUUCCAUUGCUUUGGCAUUUCUGCAAUCAUAAUCGAUGAUACCCGUCUGCUUUCUCUCUUUUCUAUCCGUCCAUUCUGACAAGUGCGCUGUGCAGUUUGAAAGUUUGCAUCUCCAUCCUCUAUUUUCCUGCUGCAAAGCUGCAGUACGUCUAUGAGCUGACCGCCCUUUUUCUCACUCAGCCAUCGAUACAUGCCGGGUCUUUCUCACCAGACCGGCUCAUCUCUCUGUAGUAUAAAACUCACUCUUGAAUGUAUUUCAACCUCCUAAAUAUCUGACAGCUGACUAACAGUCACUUCUGGAUUCUGUUUUGUACUUAUUAUGAAGAAUGCAGAUAUCUGGUUAAUAAUAUUCUCACCCCAUGACUCUCAGCAGCAUCAUUAAUCACAUGAAACCAUGCCCUGCUUGUUGUCCUGCUGUAAACACCUGUUGCACCUGUAGCUCACUUGAAGGUGCCCAAACUAAGAGUCGCUCUGAUGUCUAUUUAUGUCAGAUUAGUAGAAUUGUUGCCUUCACAUCGACACUACAACUAAUAACAAAUAAGCUGUGUCCCAAUGCAGGGGUAGCAUCCUUCUGAGACCCCAGUCUACGAAGGACCCGGCCUUCAAAGCCUGUAAGUAUUCGUACCCCUUCACUUUUUCUCCAUUUUGUUACGUUACAGCCUUAUUCCAAAAUGGAUUAAAUUCAUUUUUUCCCUCAACAAUCUACACACAACACUCCAGAGUGACAAAGUGAACAAUGUUUUGAAGAAAUCUUUGCAAAUGAAUUAAAAAUAAAACACUCAAAUAUUGCAUGCACAUAAGUAUUCACACCCUUUGCUUUGAAACUCAAAAUUGAGCUCAGGUGCAUCCUGUUUUCAACUUGAUUGGAGUCCACCUGUGGUAAAUUCAAUUGAUUGGACAGGAUUUGGAAAGGCACGCACGUGUCUAUAUAAGAUCCCACAGUUGACAGUGCACGGCAGAGCACAAACCAAGACAUGAAGUCAAAGGAAUUGUCUGUAGACCUCUGAGACAGGAUUGUGUUGAGGCACAGAUCUGUGGAAGGGUUCAUUCACAAUUAAUAUUAUACACAUGAACACCAAAACAAACAAACAAACAAACAACAAAUAAGAUCAACAAACAGGUGUUUCAUUUUUAAUUAAUUUGCGAAAAUUUCUACAAAACAUUUUUCACUUUGUCAUUAUGGGGUAUUAUGUGUAGAAUGUUGAGGUCCAAAAUGAACUUAAUCCCUUUUGGAAUAAGGUUGUAACACAACAAAAAUGUAGAAAAAGUGAAGGGGGUAUGGAUACUUUGUGGAUGCCCUGUACCUGCCUUGAUCCUCAGCCACAUAGUGCCACCUGUCACCUAGCAUGAGGUAGCUAGCUGGCUAACAUUUUUGUCACAUAGCUUAAUCACCAACAUUUUCCUUUCAGUGCAAAUUCACGUUGAAAGGCUUCUUUCUUUAAACUUUUGUAUUGCUCACUAAUGCAUUGAGUUAAAACAAUUUCUCAGUGUUUUACUCAGACGCCUGAAUGUGCCAUCUCGUUGCAGCCGCUGCAUCGCCCAUUUGUCAGCCAACAUUUAAAGAAACAGCCUUCAGCUCGCUGCUUUGACACAAUGCGCCCUAAAAAUCCCCCCUUUUGAAGGAAGCAGCCCCUGAAUUCUGACACAGCUGUAUGUUUAAGAUUAUAUCAUCUGCUCCCCUGUUUUGAAGGGUAAAACCAAACAAACAUCAUCUAUGUCUGCAUGAGCGAUCACCAAAAAUAACAUCUGAGCUGAGAACACUUUUGGAAAAUGAUUUGAAUAUUCUAAAUAGCAUGUUGAUUAGUUUCAGAAAGGAAUGUUUAAUUUGAGGGCACAAAUUACUACUCGAUCAAAUAUGGUUUCCUCCUCACACCCGCCGGCCCCCGAUGCUUUUUAUUUCCACCAACAUUAAGAGUCCACUGUCACUGCAAUCAUUGCCUCGAGCCACGCCAUAAUGAGAAAAAAAUCAAUCUGUUAGUUCUGUGGAUACUGUGUAUCCAGCGAUUAGCCUGUUGUUACAUACAGUGUUAGAUACUUCUCUUUUUUCACUCCUCUUUUGAAGAGCAAUUUAACUGACACAUUAAUGUUCUUAGCAAGAAAAAAAAGCUCACUGUUUGAUAUUAAAAAUGCUUUGUUUCAUUUCGUACGUCUUUUAUAUGAAACAAGAAAAAAACAGGAUCAUCAUCAUCACACCCUCUGUAUGUAAAUUCUCGUGAGUGCAAACAUGCAGCAAUGUCGGGUUACAAUCAUGAAUCAAAGAGCCUGAAGAGAGAACAGAUGGAUCUCUGUUAGCAAGUGUUCUUUAUUUCUCCCCAUGCCACGCCUCUUUAUUGUAUUAAUGCAUCUGAAAUGUUUAAGAUGCAGGAUGUAGAAGCUAGGUGGUGGAUAAGUAAUCACACUAUUUUACCAAAUUAUAACGGCAGAUAUUUCCUCGGACGUCACGCUCCAAACGGAAGCUCCAAUUCUUAUUUGACAUCACAUUUCUGUUUUACAGGUUUGUAAGUAGGAUGAGCAUUGAAAAUGUGAAAUUAUAAAAGGAAAAGAUAUUGACAGUGGGGUAAUCCAGAGUCAUUGGACCAUAUUUCAAAGUAAAACAUUCAUUAAAACUCAUCUGAAACUGUUGGCCAACCAUUAGCAGUCAAUGAGAUCGGUUCUUUUGCGUUAUUGAAUUGUGAAACACUUUGGAACUGAAAUGUUUGCAAGAAGUGAUUGAAUGCUGAGCUGUUUUCUGACUUGCACGUGUUAUCAUAUCUUGUUUUACUUUGAAACCCGGCCAUAUGACUUUCUGUAUUUUCACCACCAAGUGUCUUCAGUCGCUGAACUCUUUCCAAUCAUUAUUUAAGAGAAUACUCCCUUCGAGGUGUUCGUUAUCAGGAGCUAAUGGACGUCAUGGAGGCCAUUGUGCUAGCAGGAGUGAAAGAUAAUACGUAUAUAUUAUCUUUAAAACCAAAACCACCUACCGGUUAUUUCAUUGUUCACACAUCAAUAUCAGGAUUUUCAGGACCCCAGUCUGCCACACCCUUAUGGGGACCAGUUGUUUUAGAUUUAGACCAUGCUGUCAGACUUUAGGUGUGUAUUAUUUGAAAACCUGGAAAGCAACACUUUUAUAGCAGCAUCUGAGCUCCCUAAGCGUGACGUAAAAGGAAAUGACAGCUGUGCAAGUACGUUUGAUUGUGCAAACUGUUCAACAAAGAUGGCAGGUGUUACAAACUAUUGACUUCUUCUUUGCCUGACGUUGGUACCAUGUAGCCUGAAGCUAGCACUGUGCCCCUGGUUUGCAGCGUCUGUUCAUCCCUGUGUGCUCUUAAAGGAUGUGUGUUUUUGUCUGUGCAUCUUGGGAAGUGUUUUGCUACGUGAGUCACAACUGUGUUUUCUGUUCCCAAACUCAACACGGAUGUGCCACAAAACUGCACAUUUCUUUGAAUCUGUAGUACCUGUACCUUGUGCCUAUGAGCCCCAUCCUUUCAUGUACUCAUCUAAUCUCUUCUAAUGUCUGUUCCCUGCUCAAUCGCUCACUAGAAUUUUCUACUAAAGGCCAUUUCUUUGUAAAUACACGUGUUGGAGCAGCUAUGACUAACUGAAACAAACAACAAAAAAAGAUUUAAUAAAUAUUUCUGUCGUUGUAAA